CUUAUCCCACAAGCAUUAUUACAUAGCACAUUUUCGCUGAUAUUUGCGUGAAAACUAAAAAUUCGUCGUGUUUACUCUUUAUUUAGAAUAAAUAUUCAAUAUAUAUUUAUUUACCUUAAAUCUGUUGUAUUCGCCGGUUUAUUAAACACACAUACAACUACAAUAAAUUGACGUUAAACUUGACAGUUCAGUAAUCACAGUGUUUUAUUUUCUAUAGCCUAUUCAAGUGUUAAUUUAAUUGUAAUAGGUAAUUAUAAUUUUAAUAACUUGACCAUUCAGUUGUCGUGAAGUUGUCUUUACCAUCGAUUGCGAUUCAAGCAUUCAUUGUUUACUAGUAGAUCUUUUAUAAGUUAAAAUAAGUAUAUUAACUAUUGCUUCACAAUGGCACCUAAGUUAGUAUCAGCUCAAAAUCGAAACAAGUCUAAGGAUAACAUCUUUAUCGAUAAACUCAAUCAGGCUUUGAUAAUCAACAACAAUUUACGUAAACGCAUUGAAGAGUUAUCGGAUAAAAAUGAAGAAUUAUCAACUGCUAAGAACAAUUUAUCGUUGGAGAAAUUGUCAUUGCAAAAUGAAAUUAACUCUAUUAAAAAUUCAAAUAUUCAACUGACUGCAAUGCAUAAUAAAAUGAAUAAAAAACUUACUACCUUAGAACAAACUGUUCAAAGUUGUAUACCUGCAUUAGUAACUAUGUCGCAAAAUAUUCCAUCUAUAUUAGAAAGUAUACGUGAAAUGAGUAAAGUUGAGAUCAAAGAAUUUAACCAAGAAAAGAAAAAAAAACAAACAAAAACUGUUUUACCUAUGAUCAAUGGUAUGGUCAUUUCUACUCAUCCAUCUAUUUUUGUAAAGCGUUGUGAUGAUAGUGAUUUCGAUUUUGAUGAAAGUCCUGUUCCUAGUCCUGCUCCUAGUCCUGCUCAUAGUCCUGUUCCUAAUUCUGUUCCCAGUCCUGUUCCUAAUCCCGUUCCUAGUCCUAGUACUGAACAAACACCAAGAAGACCAAAAAAACCCAGUUACAGAAGCUCACCACAACCCAAACUUAAUACGGAACCAUAUGUAAGAUUAAAAGAUGUUGCAGCUAUGUUGAAGAAUUCCAAAACUGUUCCUAAUAAAAAAAAUCCUCAACGUCAAUUAAAUGAAAGUUUAGGUGAAGGUCCUAGUUGGUUACAUAAUCCAGAAAAUCAAACACAAAAUUCUAACAAUGCGGUACAAAGUAAUACAAUACAAAAUGUUGAAAGUUCUCCUAAGUCAGCAACAUCUAAUGAAGUCCAAGUUGAUGUGACAAGAAUUGCUUCUACUUCAAGUAGUAAUACAGAUAAUAUAUCUGAUAGAACUGAAGAACGCCACAGUGAAUUAGAAUCUCCUAAUAAUUCAACUGUGCCAAGAAACAAUACACGUCGAAAACGUUCUAAACGAUCAAGUGAGUCAAGCAGUGAAUCAGAUAUUGAUGAUUCAACUUCUUCAUCAAGACCUAGUAGAUCUGCUACAAAAAAUAUUAACUAUAAAGAAAAGAGCCUUGGCAGUAAAUUCAGAAAAUCAUAAAACUAAAAAAAAGAAAUUGUUUAUGCAUAUUAUUUGUUGUUAUUUUUAAUUAUUAGUUAAAAA